AUGGUAAAGAGAGGAAUUGUACGUGUGCUUGUGGACUCGCUGGACCGAAGACAUCGGGAUCUGGUCCUUGUUUGCCUCAUAUUUCUCUGGCGGCUUAGCGCCAUCAGCGGCAACAAGGAUGAAAUAGUUCAAAAUGGAUUUCUCUCGAAGGCGGCACGUCUCCUUCAGAAGUUCUCAGCAAAAGACGCUUACACUAUACCAACGGCUACCACUACGCUUAAGGUACUCUACAACCUGAGCUUCGACCCGACUGUUUCCACGGAGAUGGUGAACUGCGGCAUUCUCUCACACGUCGCAGAUGCCGUCGGAGCCCCCCCUUUGCGGACAGCCUCGCUCCGCGUUCUGUACCAGCUGACUAUCGAGGCCAGGGGCAGAUCGCUGCUCACCUUCCACAAGUCUGGAGUCCCUCUCUUAUUGGAUUUAGCUGCCGCAACGCCGAAAAAUGCCUGCGUAGGAAAGUGA